UCUCGGCCAUCUGUGUGUGAUCUACUCUCGGACCCACCAACAUGUAGUCACCACCGUGCUGCUGACAGCAGAGCUCCAUCCAAGCCAUCUCUCUGAACAACGCCUCUUUCAUCCUCCCGUCCGCUCGUGCCAUAAGAUAAUUAUCCCGCCCUCCUUCCGCCAUGCUGCAGAUCGGAGAUGAGGUGGUGUACUUCUCGGCGGUGUUUCUGCUGGUGGUGUUGGCGACAAGGAGCGCUACCGCGGCCUCCCUCCUCACCGCAGUCCUCUAUGUCUUCAUGGUGAUGUUCCGGUUCCCUCCGGUGCCAGCAGACCAGGCCGGCCGCGUCCUGCGGCCCAGGGCUCCUUCAGGCGGCGUCCCUGUGGUGGCGCACCGCGGAGGGAGCCACGACGCUCCGGAGAACACCUUGGCAGCGAUCAGAGAAGCCAGUAGGAACGGGGCAACCGGAGUGGAGCUGGACCUGAGUUUCACAGCCGACGGCGUGCCGGUACUGAUGCAUGACGAGACUGUUGACCGCACCACCAACGGCUCUGGACCAGUUAACAAACUUCAAAUUGUCCAACUAAGGAGAUUAGAUGCUGCUGCUCAUCACAGGCUGAAGGUCAAGUUCAGUGGAGAGAAAGUCCCGACUCUGCAGGAGGCCGUGGAGGAAUGCAUAAGACACCAGCUGACCAUAUUCUUUGAUGUUAAAGGUCAACCCGAUAAGGCAGCAUCAGUGCUUCAUGAGAUUUACAAGAAGUUCCCUGCCCUUUACAAUUCCAGUGUUGUUUCGUCCUUGGAGCCCAAAGUUAUCUACAAGAUGCGUCAGACUGACCCCAACGUGGUCACGGCCCUGACCCACCGGCCCUGGAGACUGAGUCGCUUUAGUGAUGGCACUUCUCGGACCCUGUCAACAUCGGGUCAGCUCUGGACGGGGGUUCUCGAUGUUUUGUUGGACUGGGCGCACCACCACAUCCUGUGGAAACUUUGUGGAGUCUCUGCCAUCCUGGUGCAGAAAGACUUCAUCUCUCUAGACUAUGUUCAGUACUGGGCAGAGCGCGGUGUGGAGGUGGUGGGCUGGACUGUAAACACCGCUGUGGAGAAAGACUACUACCAAAACCAGCUGAAGAUCGGCUACAUCACUGACAGUUUGCUGGAAGACUGUGAUCCUCAAUACUGAAGGAAUGGUCUCUCUCACACACACACAAACACACACACACACACACACACAUAUAUAUAUACAGCAGUUCAAGACAUAAAGAGGUGAUCAAAACCUCAAAGAAAAUGUAAUGUUCCACAGCUUCCCAGUGAAGAAAGUAGACAUUGGAAACUUUUUGAUUGGCCAAAAAAGAAAAAAAAAUCAUGUUUCAUAUUCACAUUUCAUAUUUUCUUGUCUUUUUAAUGAACAUAAAACACUGAGGUAUAUACAAUAGAUUAAGUUUAAAUUUAAGGAGGAAGAAAGAAAUUUGGUGCUAACCAGCUCUAUAGUGGUAAUCGAAUAACCCAAGCUUUAUAGAUAUGCAUGUAUGAAAUACUGUAGAUUAAGAACACAUCAUUACCUGUAGCUGGCAUACAGGUAAUUUCCCUUUAACUCUACAGGCAACCAUGAAAGCUAAACUGUAAACCUCCAUGUCCUUAUCCUACUACCAGCAGCAAUACCUCCAGCUCUCCUGGACCAGGGAUUAGGAUCAUGCUAAUUUAAAGAUCUUUUUUACCUUCUGUGCUGAUGUUUGUUGCACAUUUAAGAGACAUCAGUGCAAAUAGAUGUAACGUUAGACAUGUUGGCACCAUACCAACGCCUGCUAUCAUGAUAUUUAUUUAAUAGUGGAUCUCUUGUGAAUAUUCUACACUGAUUACUUGAUUGUAUGAUUGUUCAGAAACUUGCCUGCUGUCAUUAUGUGCCACAGUUGCACAAAAUACACUAAAAACUUUGCUGCAAGAUAUUAAAAUGUUGAAUGACUCAGCUGUAAUGAUAGUAUAAUUUGAUUGUAUGCUCCAAAGAUGUUCUUUUUUGAGGGAAAGUAGAUGUUUUAGAUGAACUCUGCCAUACCUGUGUGACUUGUUUGAUAAACACAUCAUGAAUCAUCAAUGGAGAAGGAUAACUCGUUUUCAGUGUCAUCCAUCCUGCCUGAGAAAAAAAUGUUUGACUUACCACUAAAAACCUCUGUACCAUAUGUACAAUCAAAUUUCCUUUCAAACAUUUCAGUUAUAUUUUCUUCAGAAACUGACUAAUAUCAGACUCAGCCUUAAGAUGCCCACCAUAACUUGUCUGUAACUGCAGAAUGUAAACUCCAAAGUCCCAGAAACAAAACAAACCAAAAAAAGAUUUUCCUUUUGAUUUUUUUGUUUCUUGUAGCCAAAAGGCUUAACAACCUAA